CAGGUUGGGGAAGGGAAGGCAAAGGUGGGAGUCCCGCCCAGAAGAGGAGCCACAACUGAAACUUUCCCACUGCCUCCCUCCUCCGGCUCCGGGGCACCUGAGGGAUGCCGUCCCGGGGAAAGAGAAACUCCCGCCGCGCGUGGAAAGCCCGCCCCGACCCACAUUUGUCCCCGGCCUCCCCUUCUGGGGGGCUCUGAAAGCUUGCGUGGGGUCCGCUGCUAAAAAAGCGUCAGGCGUCGUUGCACCCGCAGCAUUCUUUGCUUCAAGGGACCCAAGUUGGCCAAGGGAGAGGCGCCCACUCCGCCGAGGAUGCCUCCGCAGGAGCUGCUGGAUUACUCGCCCACUUUGCGGCGGAGGAGGAAGCGGUGCAGCAGCCCGAGCCGAGGCUCCGAGCUGGGCGUCAAGUGCGUGCUCCUGGGCGACGGGGCGGUGGGCAAAACCAGCCUCAUCGUCAGCUACACCACCAACGGGUACCCCGACCAGUACCAGCCCACCGCCCUCGACACCUUCUCGGUUCAGGUCUUAGUCGAUGGUGCUCCCGUCCGUAUCCAGUUGUGGGACACAGCAGGACAGGAAGAUUUCGACUGCUUGCGCUCCCUCUGUUAUCCAGACACUGAUGUCUUCCUGGUCUGCUUCAGCGUUGUCAACCCCACAUCCUUCCAGAACAUUAUAGAAAAAUGGAUUCCUGAAAUUCGAACUCACAAUCCCCAGACCCCAGUGGUGCUGGUUGGGACACAGGCUGACUUAAGGGAUGACGUCAAUGUGCUGAUCAGCCUGGAUCGCUACCAUGUAAAGCCUGUGCCACGAACUCAGGCAGAAGGCCUGGCUGAAAAGAUCCGGGCUGAGACUUAUGUCGAGUGCUCUGCCCUGACUCAAAAGAACUUGAAGGAGGUUUUUGACACAGCAAUUGUCAGUGCUGUGGAGCACAAGGCCCAGCAGGAAAAGAAGAUGACCGCCAAGGGAAUCAAGACCCUCUCCAAAUGCCGAUGGAAGAAAUUCUUCUGCUUUGUCUGAAUCUGGUUUGGCCUGGAAGCCAAGCAUGGACUUAUGGACUUCACCACUUGUCUCUCAGAGGUGAAGUGAUUGACUAACAACUCCAACAAGGAGAUUAUUGUAGGUCCAGGUGACUUGGGGUAUCAGCUCAUACUGUGUUAAAGUAGGACUUGCCUGGAAGAUAGCAAGUAGACUUGUGUAGCACUGAGUCAUUUUAACCAACUGGGAUGGUUUGUUCAGGGCUAAAGACAUUUUGCUGCCUGAGGCAGAAAAGACAGUGCUGUUCCCACUCAACAUAUAGAAUCUAAUUGGUCUAGCAGCUGAAUUAUCAGUAGGAGAUCUUCCCCAUCAGGCCUGAGAACCAGAGACAAGUUUAAGGGGUACAAUGCUGAUCAACCUCCAGGAGAAACAGUGAAAGAUUCCUGCUGCUCCCAAAGCUGCCACCUGAGAUGAGAACCAGACUAGUUGCUUCAACUGUAGUAGUUUAAGAUUAUUAUUUUAGAUACUCGGGGCAGCUUGGUCAUUUUCAAGACACAGUUAAGGGUAGAUUAGACAGAGUUUCCCACAGCAACUAGAAUGCAAAAGUAAAAUAUGAUGGAGUAAUCUUAAAAGGGGAGAAGCUUUCAGUGAAUUAUUAGAAAGUAGGAUGAAAGUAGAGAGGAAAGGAGAGUGAGAGAAAGAGAAAAUUUGGAAAUAUUUGGGAUGACUGCUUCCACAGUCAUGCUAGCUGAGGGAUUCUGGGAGAUGUCAUCUGGGGAAAAAUCUUUACCAAGGUCUGAAGUGGAAAAAAAAUCCAAACAAGAAGGAAGGAGAGUUUAAAGAGGUUAAAAGAGAGGAAAAGAGCAAUGUUGGGAGGGAUUGGUAAUAGUUAUGGUUUUUAUGGAAUGCUGGCAGGCAAUUUUUAAUUACUAGAAAUGCUUAAUGUCCUAAUCAGUUGAUUGUUACCCAUAUCUCAUAUUCAAAUGAAGGAAGCUGACUUGGAAUUAAGUAAAUACAAUUGUCAUGGAAAUAAAUUGUUUUAUGUGAUAUAUAAAACACACAGAAA